AUGGUACCCAAAAGCAGCCGAAUCUAUCAUCUACCACCAUGGUUGGAUGAAUUUGGAAUACUGCGAAUGCGCAGUCGAAUCGGCUUAUGUAUGUACACUACAGGAGAUGCCAAAAAUCCAAUCAUCCUACCACGAGACCACCAUAUUACGACCCUCAUAAUUAACCAUUACCAUGCCCUAUAUCAUCACCAGAAUCAUGAAAUCGUUAUUAAUCAAGUACGGCAGAAGUAUCAUGUACCCCGCAUACGUGUUUGCUACGCAAAGGUUCGUAGAGCAUGUCAAAAAUGCAAGAACGAUACCGCUAUUCCACAUCCGCUAAUCAUGGCUGAUCUGCCUUUGGCACGUUUGUCCGCUUAUUCGCGACCGUUCACUCAUACAGGCGUGGACUAUUUUGGCCCUAUGGAUAUAACUGUAGGACGACGCACAGAGAAACGGUGGGGAAUGUUGGCCACCUGUUUAACUGUGCGUGCAAUUCAAUUCGAAAUAGUUUACACAUUGAGUACAGACUCGUGUAUAAUGGCUCUGCGCAACUUCAUCGCUAGACGCGGUGUGCCACGAAGGUUUUACAGUGAUCGUGGAACAAAUUUUAUUGGUGCAAAUCGCAAAUUGUGCGAAAUCGAGUCUAAAAUCAACCAAGAGAAUAUCAUGAAAGAGUUCGUUAGCACGGAGACAGAAUGGCUGUUUAACCCACCUGCAUCGCCACAUAUGGGCGGCAGUUGGAAACGACUAAUCAGAAGUGUAAAAAAUAAUCUUGCGGCAAUGAAACCCUCUCGGAAACUAUCAGAAGAAGUACUUCGAAAUUUGUUGGCGGAAUUUGAAAAUAUCGUGAACUCUCGGCCGUUGACUCAUGUUCCAAUCGAUGAUCUAUCUGCAUCAGCUUUGACUCCAAACCACUUCCUGCUCGGCUCGUCUAAUGGAACGAAACCUCUUACUAAUUUAGAUGACAGUGGUGUUGCACUAAGAAUGAGUUGGUGCACAUCACAGAUUCUAGCCAACCAAUUCUGGAAGCGCUGGGUUACCGACUAUCUCCCUGAGAUCACGCGGAGGACUAAAUGA